AUGCAGAGUUAGCAAGCACUUUUCUGUCAAUUCCAACACUGUGUUCGGUUUAUCAGCUGCUUAUUUUAUAUCUUUAUUUAUGCAAUACUAUUCAUAUUGCAGAAAUUGUACACAAAUUAUUUAUUAGGAGUGGUGUAAGAUAUACAUCGGUUCAAAAUGGCUCCAAAAACACCAUCCCGCGAUCUUAUUAAAAUAAUAAUCAAUAAUUUCGUUAAUUCCUUACGGCCUCGACAAAUAAAAGGAAAUUUAAUUGGGGAAGAUUAUUUCGGUAAUAAAUAUUAUGAAAUUCCUGCAAAUCCAUCAAUAGGAAAGAGGAAGCCUUCUCGAUAUUUUGUACCGACAGACAAAGAAUCGUUCGAUCAAGAGCUUACAGCUGAGUGGGAAGCAUGGCUACGUGGUCGGCGUAAUGAACCUCCUACUCGUGAGGAGUUAGUUAGGAAUUUAUCCAUAAUGGAAAUGAAGCAACGAAAUGCUGCAGAACUCGAAGCAACGUAUGGAGCAAAAGAUGAUAAAGGACAAUUGUUGCCUAAGGAAAAGGAAACGAUUGGCACAUUCCCAAAGUAUAACGAGUAUGAAAUCAUACCAGGAAAAGACCCAGAAAAAAAAUAAUCCACAAAAUGUUUUACGAAAUUGAAUAUAAUUCAUAUGUAAAUUUAUUUAAAACUUAAAGCCUGCAUUUUUUACUUUUCACCAAUCUUCGAUGUCAAGCUCUUUUACUAUGUCAACCAUUUCUUCAUGUUCCGAUUCUUCUAGUGGUACAGCAGUUUCCUGUUCCUUCUUUUGCUUUUUGCAACGUAUGGAGCAAAAGAUGAUAAAGGACAAUUGUUGCCUAAGGAAAAGGAAACGAUUGGCACAUUCCCAAAGUAUAACGAGUAUGAAAUCAUACCAGGAAAAGACCCAGAAAAAAAAUAAUCCACAAAAUGUUUUACGAAAUUGAAUAUAAUUCAUAUGUAAAUUUAUUUAAAACUUAAA